UACUUCAUUUACAUUUCCACGAACUCAUCAAUGGCUUUGCAAACUCCUGUAUCAGCAUUGAACUCCUCGAAAUGCUUUCCACCAUCAUCCGCAAAUCCUCCCUCUAAAAUAUUUGUUCAUGAUUUUUUUGCUUCUCCUAGCAAUAUUAUUAAGCAUUCUGCAAACUCACUAAAAGCAUCAAGGAGGCUGCAGCCAUGUUUAGCAUCUAAUAACAACCAAGAAGCUUAUCGUCCAGUGGCAAACUUUGCCCCAACCAUUUGGAAAGACCCCAACAUCUUCACUUCUGAAAUACCUCAUUCGGAAAUUGAAUCAAAUGAUAAACUCGCUGAAGAGCUUAAGCAACAGGUGAAAGAAAUGUUAAUUGCUUCUGCGAGUGAUCCAGCUGAUAAAGUUUGUUUGAUUGACUCUAUAUGUCGUCUUGGUGUGUCAUAUCACUUUGAGAUGGAAAUUGAGGAACAACUAAAUCAAAUUUUUGAAGCACAACCUAACCUUGCGGAUGAUAAUGAUUAUGAUCUCUACACUAUUGCUCUUCUGUUUCGAGUUUUUAGACAACAUGGUUUCAAGAUGUCUUGCGCCGUGCUCAACAAGUUGAAGAAUAGUGAUGGUAUGUUCAAGGAAAGUUUAACCAACGAUGCAAGAGGGAUGCUAAGUUUAUAUGAAGCGACACAUUUGAGACUACAUGGGGAAGAAAUUCUUGAGGAGGCCCUUGAUUUCACAACCUCUCAUCUCAAGUCCUUGGCCGAAAAAUCAAGUCCUCAUUUCGCAAAACAUAUAAUGAAUGCCCUUGAUUUGCCCUUGCACCUAGGUGUUCCAAGAUUGGAAGCACGCCAAUACAUCUCUUUCUAUGAAGAAGACCAUAAAUUUAGAAAUGAAACUCUACUCAUGUUUGCAAAGUUAGAUUUCAAUAAGGUACAAUUGCUACACCAACAAGAGAUGAAAUAUCUUACAAGAUGGUGGAAGGAUUGUGACUUGGCAUCAAAAUAUCCUUACUCAAGAGACAGAAUUGUCGAGUUCUACAUGUGGUCGAUAGCAGAUUAUUUUGAGCCUUGUUUCUCGAUUGCCCGGAUGAUAAAUACUAAAAUUUUAAUGAUUCUUACAGUUAUAGAUGAUACAUAUGACGCGUAUGGUACAGCUGAAGAGCUCCAAAGUUUCACAGAUGCCCUAGAAAGGUGGGAUUCUAGUGCGCUAGUUGAUUUGCCAGAAUAUAUGCAAGCUCUUUAUAGCGCUAUCUUAAAUCUUUACGAUGAAUUGGACGAAGAAAUGAGCAAAGAAGGAAGAUCUUAUAGUGUCUCAUUUACGAAGGAUAAACUGAAGGAGAUUGCCAGGGCCUAUCUGCUCGAGGCCCAGUGGUUCCAUGAAGGAAUUGUCCCAUCAUUCGAAGAACGUUUGGAAAAUGCAAUAGUCACUGGCGCUUGUUUUUACGAAACGGCAGCAUUAUUUGUGGGAAUGGGAGAAAUUGCAGGGAUUAACGAAUUUGAAUGGCUACAAAACUUUCCGAAAAUCGUUAGAGCUGCAUAUUCAAUUGGCCGUCUCAAGGCGGACAUCAUAUGCCACAAGUUUGAGCAAGAGAGAGGACAUGUUGCCUCCACUGUGGAGUGCUAUAUGGAGGAAUAUGGAGCCUCGAGAGAAGAAGCAAUUAGGGAUUUUAACACAAUGAUUUCAAAUGCAUGGAAGGAUAUAAACGAAGAAUGCAUGAAGCCAACAGUUGUCUCCAUGCAAAUUUUACGCAGAGUUGUGAAUAUUGCACGCUUGGUGAAUGUCUUCUACAAGAACAAAGAUGGGAUCUCAUUUCCAGAGUGUUUGAAAGAUUACAUCACCAAACUCUUCAUUGAACCAAUCCCUAUCUAAUGGAUUUGGUUUUACAUAUCCAUGAUAUGUUUCUUUCAAGUUGAUGGAGCGCUUAAAAUUAAAUAAAAUGUUCUAUAAGGGCUGCUUCAAAAUAAAUUUUGUAGUUAUC